AUGAACAGCAACCUUUUCCCCUAUCAAAUGAUAGAGAUGAUACAUCGACCUGAAGUAUAGGACUAUUUAUCAGACUUAUUCAAUUCAAAGGAGAGACUCGGUUUUUCAUUAUACAGUAUAAUUUCUAUCAUUCUGAAUUACCUGAGCAUCAGAGUUGAGAUUGAGCUUAUAAAUGUUGAUCCUUAAAACCAAUAUCAAUACUAACAGGGCUCAAGCACUUUUCUAUAAAAUUUUCAGUUGCUUGAGCAAAGAGAAGUAAAAAUGUCAUAUUAAGAUUGGCUAAUGACUCUACUAAAUGUAUCAACUGAUUUCUUUUUGUUAUUUUAUACCAUACUUGGUAGGGUUGGCAUAGGAGCUAAUUUACUAAUAUCUCAUAUCUAUAUCAGAGACCCUAAUGAAUUCAACUAAUCAGGCAGAUUCGAACUAUUCACAUAAAAUGUGUUAAUUGCCUUUAAAUACCUUUCAUUAUUCUUAAACACUGGAAUGAUGAUUAGUGUCAUUUGCAAUUUAAUGCUAAGUUUACUUACGGGAUAAUUUUAAAUCAUCAAAAAGUAUGUUCUCAUUUUUGUUCCAAGUACUGUGCUCCUUUUUGCUUUAAAUUAUGUUCCUGAUGUCAUGGCUAUAAAGUAUCUCUCUAAAGUUAUGAUUUGA